CAAGGACACAUCCCAGCCAUAAUCCUCAGUUUCUUAGUUGACUGUAGCUGUCAUAUGUCUGGGAGCAAUUCUUCCAAAUAAUGUUACCUCUUAAUAAUGUUCAUUUCGUUCUGUAACACUUCAACUACCAAACAGUUAAUUGUAUAUUAGGAGAAGUAUGGCAGCUCCAGACUGGAUAUCGGCAGAAUUUCUCAAAGCCUGCCUGGAGUCUACAGGAGAUAGCCACCAAGAAAUAACUGUCAUUGGCUUCACCAUUGAGCCUGCUGCCCCUCCCGGUAACAAUUACGGCUGUAUUGUUCACCGAGUCAAAUUAGAAUUCAAAUAUAUAGGUGAUGAACUCAACGUGCAGUCCACGUCUCUUAUCAUAAAAUCACCAGUAGUUGGAGGGUUUAUGGAGGGAUUCAGUGAUUUUGCUAUAGAUAUCUAUGGAAGGGAACCCAAAUACUAUAAUGAAUUUAUUAGUGAAACUUAUAAGAUAGAAAUACAUGACAUUGUUCCAAAACAUUACAUCUCUCCGAGGCCACUUUGUGUAGUACUUGAGGAUUUGAAGACAUCAGGAUACUUGAUGGCAGAUCGUCAUGAGUUGCUAGAUUAUGAACAUUGUUGCCUUUAUGUCAAAGCUUCAGCAAAGCUUCAUGCUCUCUCCAUGGCAGUCUAUAAAAAGCGUCCUGAUGUUAUUGAGUCAUUGGUUGAAGAAAGACAGGUUUUUGCUGAGAAAUUUCAAGAAGCAUUCAGAAUAAUGUGGUUGGUCAGUUUAAAAUGCAUGGGUGCCUAUUUGGAGGAUAAACCUUGUUAUAAAAAAAUCUCCGAUUUUAUUGACAAAGCAUGUGAAAAUGAUAAUUUGCACCAACUUCAUCUUCAAACCGAGAAAGAAAAUUAUUCCAUAAAAGCUUUAAUACAAGGAGAUCCAUGGUGUACCAAUAUGAUGUUUAAGUAUGAUGAUGCUGGGCAAGUUGUUGGUCUAAAAAUUUUUGAUUUUCAGAGUUUGAAAUUUACGUCCCCAAUCAGAGAACUUGUGACAUUUUUAGGGGCAAGCCCUAAUCUUGAAGUUCGGGAAACGAAACUUGAUGAUCUUUAUCAUUUGUAUUGCGAUCACAUAAACACAAAUCUUGAAAGAUUUGGAUGCCCAGAAAGACUCUCCUAUGAAAACCUCAAAUCAGAACUAAUAUUUCAAAGCCCAUUAGUGAUUCUGAUAGCUUUUAUGAUGCUGCCUUUUUGUAUUGCUGAUGGCAAGGCAGACAUGGAGAGUUUACUAACAGAAGACACCUUAAAAAGACCCAUCAAAGAGAGUCCUGCUUACAAGUUGUAUGAGGGAAAAACUUUUCGUAAACUCUACCCAAAGGUACUUGAUUUACUUGCUGAAGAAGGCGUUUUUGAAUAUUUGAUGCAAAAAAUGGAUCAGCUAUAAAAAAAUUGCUUAAAUCAAGAGAAAAUGUAGAUGUACAUUUGGUCUAAAUCUUCAAAAACCAACUUUGGUUGUAGAAAGUAUUUGUUGGUAGAAAUGUGUCUCUUACUCGUUGAACUUAAAAAUUAUAUUACAUAAACUAUAUAGUAAAAGUGAAACUAAAAUAAACUGUUGUAGUAGCUUAAUAAGUUUCUAUAAUUAACUUUUGUUAUGCAAUAUUAUAUAACAAUUGUUUCAAUUUUGGAAUGA